GCUUGUCCGAGCUGAGAGCAGCUGGGUGAGUGCAGCGACGCGCCCUGGGCUCUGGACCGGCCUCUGAUAGAUAGAUGUGCAUCCCUUUCUUUUAGGAUUUUUGGCUCUUGGCUACACUGAUGUGACCCCCUCCCCACCCUUUUGGAAUGAUGGGGAUCUUUUUGGCGUAUGUUGGAUUUGUUUUCUUUUCGAUUUUAUAUGUACAGCAAGGGCUUUCUUCUCAAGCAAAAUUUACUGAGUUUCCGCGGAAUGUGACUGCAACCGAAGGGCAGAACGUGGAGAUGUCCUGUGCUUUCCAGAGCGGCUCUUCCUCGGUGUACUUGGAAAUCCAGUGGUGGUUUCUGAGGGGGGCAGAUGACUUGGAGCCUGGGGCUGAGGUGGCUGGCUCUCAGGUGGAGUUGGUGCCAGAUCGCGACCCGGACAGCGAAGGGACUAAGAUCAGCACAGUGAAAGUCCAAGGCAAUGACAUCUCUCAUAAGCUUCAAAUUUCCAAAGUGAGGAAAAAGGAUGAAGGUUUAUAUGAGUGCAGGGUGACGGAUGCCAAUUAUGGAGAGCUGCAGGAACACAAGGCCCAGGCCUAUUUGAAAGUCAACGCCAACAGUCAUGCUCGCAGGAUGCAGGCCUUCGAAGCCUCACCCAUGUGGCUGCAAGACAUGAAGCCCAGGAAGAAUGUCUCUGCAGUAGCUCCCAGCAGCAUCCACAGCUCUACCAACCAGCGAAUUCACUCCACCUCCAGCCCGCAAGGGGUAGCCAAAUUCCCCAAACAAAGUCCACAAUCAGGUGCGAGGAUAGCUACAAGCCAUGGACUUUCUGUCCUGCUUCUUGUUUGUGGCUUUGUGAAGGGUGCUUUGCUUUAAUCUAAAGUGCUGACUUUUUUCCAAUAUCACUUUCUCUUCUUAAAGCAAAGAGCAAAUCGCCUGUAAAAUCUACGGAGCGGACAGCAAAGUUGACCCUAAACUCCAAGCACCAUUCUUCACCCACUGUACUCUAGUUACCUACCCAAGGAGCACCUGCUUUCGGAAGCAUAAAUGAAGAGGCUAUCACACGCUUUGUUCAUAUUACGUUCUUUAAAUCACUGAUCUUUCAUUUCAAGACAAUUAGUGUGAAAAUGAUAGGACAUUUUCUAAUAGCAAGAUCUAUUUCCCCCCUUCUUUUUGCUACUUAAAGCAUCAUCUCGCUGACCGUCAGGGGUUGGGCUGAAAGUCAUCAGGAUAGUAAACAUUUACCAUGGAUACUACUGGUUUCCUACUAAAAGACCAUUUUCUGCAGGAAACCAAGAUCUAAAAGCUAUGAAACACAAACUAUCAUCAAAAAGAAGCCCUGUUUUGGGAUGAGAACAAAAUUACCAACACUACAAGUCAACAAGGAGAACAUUAUUUUAAAUAAGAAAUAACAAAACAAUUUCUUUAUUUUCCCUUUUUUUCUUGAUUUUUUUCUCCUUUUUAUUGAUUAUAGUUCCUGCUCAAUGAUGGCAAGUGUUGAUUAUAGCCAAUCCCUGUCAAUCCUAGGAAGUCAUAUAAACACAUUAUAAGUGUUCUAUAUUUCAAUGUAUUUUAAUUCCUUUUGCAAUUCCUGUAUAUGCAAACUUGACACAUUCUGUAAAUUGCUUAUAGUAUGUGUGAUAUAACUUCAAAGUAGAUGGACUAUGACCCUCAUGCAAGCUGAUUUUUAUUAUUAUAUAUAAAAUAUACAUAUAAAUAUCUAUAUGUUGGGUCAUUGACCAACUUUUUUGAGAAGGCAUUUGUUUUUCACUUAUACUUCAUAUAUUAUGUGAAUUUCAUAAUUCAUUGUUUCAUUUCCACAGGUUAAAUAGCAACAGAUAGUUUCUGUUGCCCUCUGCUUCCUUCUGGAAAAUGCAUAUUAUGCAUUUUCAAAAUUGUAUCAGUCUCUGAUAAAUGAAUUAAUUUUAUGUGUGUGUGCUGUAUUGGAAUUUACUGUUUUCAUAUAUAUAU